AUGUCAAAUUCGAAACAAGAGAAUCGAUGGGCCCAACUAGGAUUCAGGCUUGUUGUAAAUGCUGCUGCCCAUCCCAUCGAGUAUGCGAAAAUUUUGAUUCAAAUUGGUCACGAACCAAUACCUCCAUAUCACACGAAAACACUUUUUGGAAAACCAGCCUUAGCUCUGCCGAAUGUCUUCCAGUACAUCUCGUACAUUCGAAGUGUUGAUGGGUUUGUUGGCUGUUAUAGAGGGCUUGGCCCCAAAUUAUGUGCCAAUGCUGUAAGUGCCAUAGUAUUUGCUGAAGUGACGGAUUCACUGCGGCCAGAGGGUGAAAGUGAUGAUGAAACAAAAGAUGAAGAGGAAUUACCCAUGGAAGAAAGAAGAUGGAAUUGUAUUAAUAGUGUGAUUCGUGAAGGUACUGCAAGAACAGCUGCUUUCAUUGUAAGUCAACCCUUUAAUGUCAUUGCAGUGCGUAUGAUGGCACAGUUUAUUGGAGGUGAAGAGAAAUAUAGUAGUCUUUCAUCUUCUGUUGUGGCAAUCUAUAAAGAAAAUGGAAUCACUGGUUUCUUCAGUGGGCUGAUACCUAGAAUUCUUGGAGAACUUUCAGCAUUGGCUAUUGCAGCAACACUUUCUUUUGUAGUUAAUAAUUAUGUAGUGGAAGACCGUGAAAUCAAAAAAUAUGUGGCUGCAUCCAUGGGUUUCGUUGCAGCAACCAUCAUGUACCCUUUUCAAGCAGUUUCCACUUGUAUGGCUGUCACAAACUCAGGAAUUGUUGCUGGGCGUCCACCGCACAUGCCUGUUUACACAUCUUGGAUUGACUGUUGGUCACACCUGCAACGUACUAACCAGCUCAAAAGAGGAUCUAGUCUCAUUUGGCGUUACUAUGCUGGUCCACAGAAUACUAUUAAUGGACAUAUGGUAGGAAUUAAUAAGAAUUUUAUAGCUGGAGCUCUGUAA